CCCCUCGGGGAAUCUCCCAGCGCCUCGCACGCGUCCUCUGCCGCCCCGAGGGAGAAGGUGCAGCCUGGCCGGAGAAAGUGGGCGGCUUGGGCUGACCGCUGGUAACCUACAGCGCCUCCGUUUGGUCAGGAGGACCGACUGCAUCAGCUGGAUUGCAAUACCUGUUGAGCGUCUGAGCUUACCAAAAACUGACCCUCGGUUGAGGAGAAGGGUGGGCGUAAGAACCGUGAAUAGGAGCUUCAUGAUCCUCUUUGUUCUGGAUGAGCGGGAAGCGGAGAUGAGACCCUAAUGCAGUCUCCUGUACAGCACCGUGGGCUGGGGAUUUUCUCCCUAUUACCCUGGGAGAUGGCUCUGGAGGCUAAGUCUGUAUUCUCUGUCUUCACUUCUGAGGUAUUCUCAUCUGUUUGCAUGGUUUUCAUGACCAUUGAUGAUUAAAAAAUUUAUAUUCCCAGGUUCCAACCAUUCCUUGAACUUUAGACUUGUAUAUUCAAAUGUGUGCCCUUGGCAUUUCUAUUUAGGUGUCAAAUUAGCAUUUCAGACUUAACCAACACAUGCAAAAGUA